UAAUAAUGCAAGGUUAGAAUGAUAUUUUCAAUCGGUUUGUUUUCUAUCACUGAUCGAAACAAAAUACUUAUGUGGCUGUAUAUGUUACAGUAUUUGUUUGAUUUUAAAAUCACGUGCUUACCCAUCGCUAUUCACUCAGUAAUCAUCACGGAUUAGAUAGGAACAAAAACGCAGCGUAAGAAGCAGUUUAUUUAGUUUCUAGUGUUCACAUUUUGCUUUACAGAUUGAGAAAAUGAACUUCUCUUCAACCAUCGACUCCUUCAACAAAGGUACUAACGUUACAAGCACAUCGUCUAUCGCAUGUUACGUCCACGACGCGUCCUCAGUCAAAUUCGGUCGGGUAAUCGCCUACAGUGUAAUUAUAUUGGCAUCGUUGUUUGGAAACAUCUUCAUUAUUACUGUGGUUUCCAAAUAUGGAAGGAAGCGAAAGACCAUCAACUUGUCCGUGGUGAAUAUGGCGAUUGCAAAUCUUGUCAUUACCACCGUAUACAUGCCGAGACUGAUCCCAAUGUAUUUAAUUGGUCCUGUUUGGCUCGUCGAGGGAGACUUUGGUUACGUUCUAUGCAAAACUGCUCCAUUCCUUCACACGGUAGCAAUUAUCGCCUCAGUUUUGACUCUGUUGACUUCGAGUUUGGACACCUUCUGCGCCGUAGCAUUUCCUUUGAGAAAUCCCUUCACAACGAAAGUAGCAAAAUUUGCGAUCUUUCUUACAUGGGCUUUAGCUGUUAUCGUCCGAGUGCCAUACUUCAUAGCCCUGCGUACCAAGAUUUCGAAAGGAAGACACACUUGCAGUUCCAGUCUUACAGAAGCGUUUAACAAUAAAGACGCCCGAAAUAUAUAUUACACGUUCCUUUUCAUAACGUUUUAUGCUAUUCCAUGGUUGCUGAUAUUCGUCUUGUAUCUAGCCGUUGCUAUCAAGCUCAAAACAGGUAAAACUCCCCGGCAGGAGAGGACCACAGAGAUUCGCUUAGAAAGAUUACGGGUUAGAGCUAUACGCAACAUAGCAAAAAUGAUGGUUCUUAUUACUCUUGUGUUCUUAGUUUGCUGGAUAACAUACUUCACAGCCCAAAUCACCCACAGGAAGGUUCCAUGUAGCUUCAGAUUUUGGCGCAUGUUCUUAGCGCACAGCAAUUGUGCUAUAAGCCCCAUAUUGUUUGCUGUUUACAAUACAACAGUGCGGCGAGGAAUUAAAGAUAUUGUAAAGAAACUGAGGUCACCGACAAAGGAUCUUCAGGAAAAUGAUGCUUUUCUCAGUAAUCUUUUUCGAAGGAAGGGUGGAAUGCGUGGAAAAGUUUAUACAUUGUCCCCAAUCCAAGAUAAACGAGGAAAAUCACCGAACUUUUUUCUUGACGAGAGUAAAAUCUUGAGUGUUUUGAUUGAGAUGAAUCGAAGAGACUAUACGCGAAGAAAAAUUAAUUCAACAUGUAGAAAAAAUCAAGGACGAUCCGAAAUCGGAAUUGUGAAUCAUGGAAAUCAAGACAAUAACAGACUCACGAACGGAUUUCUUAGUUUUAAAGCAUUAAAAUAGAUGUUUGGUGAUACUAAAUCGAUAAUGAAUAACGAACUAUCGAGAGAGAGGAACGUGUUCAGUAUUAAAAUCCUAACAAGAUAACAGUGAAAUCUGUUAUUACAUGUGUCCUUAAAGAAGAUAAUAAUAAAUAACAUGAAAACCUGGUAACUUGACAAAAGAACUCUACUAUUCAAGAACUAUCAAAAUAUAACGACCCAAACUGAGAGCAUUAAUUUUUCAUUGCGUGGAGAAUUCAGUAGGAAAAGCUUGUUGUAAAACCUCAAUUGAUCAAGGGAUACUUGACAAGAGUAGUCUACCAAAAAUGUCAAAACCUCAAUCACACACAUUUUUCUCUGGUGAAAAUGAAAUCGUUUGCAAGUUCAUUUUUGUUGAUGGCUCCAAUCCAAUGGAGAAGCAAUCAAAAUUCAGGACAAAAACAUUAAUUUUGACAAAAGUAAACUAGUUUUUUGGUAUUGUGUGGC